AUGGCAUCUUCCUCCUCUCGAACAGAUACUGACAAUGAAGACAAUGAUGACUUUCGCCGCAGCACUCUCGCUGAGCCGCCGCGCAACACUGGCCGCCCCAUGGUUCCACGAGCUGCGAGUCAAGUUGAGCCAGUGUUGCCCUCUCCAUCCAACAAGACUGUUCGGCAACUCUACACUGAAGAUGAGAACAAUCAUAAGGGUUGGCUACUGAUGAUGUGCCUUGGAUUGAAGUCUGCAGAUGGCUCUCGUGAUCUUGGUGAUGUGGAUUGCGAGCCAUGGUCCUUGUUGAAGAAGAAACAGGUCGGAAACCUGAAAACGAAGAAGCCAAAGAUUGUUGCGGAGGUCAAUCGGCGCUGCCAGAUUCCUCUCGUUUCAGUUGGUGAGAAGCGGGAACAACCCAACAAUUGGACAGUAUCUCGACUCAAGCAAUGGCUGAUUGAUCACCCAAUCGAAAAGGAGGAAGAUGUUAGGUUUCUUCAACAUGCCGAAAUGGCAAUUUUUGAAGCCACGAAAAACAUGAUUAGCCAACAGGGGGAGAGUGAAAAGAAAUCGAAGCAGCAAGCUUUCGAGCACCGUGAUUUCUUACGCAUGUUUGCUGCCGCCUGUAAUGACAGGGUCAAGAAGUCACUCAAACUGGCUGGAACUGUGAAAGACCGCCAGAGGUUGGAUGCAAGAAAUCGCAAUGACGCUCCUGACAAUUUCUUCGAGGAGCUACAUGCUGUUUACCACGAUGAUGUGUUUCUCGCCGAGAUACCAUCGAUGCCCAACCUUCACGAGGAUUUCAUUGUUGAGGAUUUGAUUCUCGCCUCAGAAGUUACCCAUUGCUCUGUUGAAUACAUCAAGUCGAAGUGGACCUUCUGCAAGUCCAAGCUCUCGACCUUGAUUGCCCGUUUCGAAAAGAGUGGUGCUGGAGAAGGUCAGAUCCACGAGAAAGCUGCUGAGUACGCUGAAGCUGCAAGUCAAGAGGCCAGUGAAGAGGAAGAAGAACCCGAUUCCGAUUCGUCCAGCGAGGAACAACAAAAAAAGAUGCCAGGGAAGAAAGUUUGGGGCAGUGAUCUAUUGGGAACCUUCCUGCAGGCAGGAGACGAUAAGGCCACGUUCGUGCAUGAAUCCAAAGGUGAGAAGUCCUACCUUCUUUACCUCUGGCAUUUGGCUGACCAGUACCAGAUCUUGGAUCAUGUUGUGAGCCAAGUCUCUAUGGAUGUCGCCGCUACAGGGGAUGCUGUGAAAACAGACACAUCCAAAGUGCAGAAGCCACGCAAGAGGAAGUCAGAAGAUGAAGAAGAGGUUUCGAAUGUCCGGCAAGCAGUCAUUGCUGGCAACGUUGCUCUAGUCGAGAUUGGAUAUCAGCAAUGCUUUGAGAAUCUUCGCAGCAUGAAGAAGGAAUUAAAGGAGAACAGCAUGGCAUUGAUGCAGGAGAAUGCAAAGGUUGGCGACCAGAGGAACGAAAUAGCCAUUAUCUUUUGGAAGGCACAAGUGGAAGACAAUGAAAGGGAAAUUCGCCGCUUAGAGCGGCGUUUGUCUCAUCUUGAAGAAUCCAAGCCAAAGAAGUCAAAGAGUGACUAG